AUGGUUUCGAUUAAUUUAGCAAAGGUUUUUGCACCUCUCCCUUCUACAAAGAGAAACUUUACGACACAUUUAUCAUAUGAUCCAAAGACUGACAGUUUAGCUUAUGGUAGCGGUAGAUCUGCCAUCAUUAGAUCUUUAGAUGGUGAACAUGUCGUUCAAUUCAAUGGCCAUGGUACCAGUAAUGUCACUGUUGUAAAAUUUUCUCCUAUCCAGGGGUCUCAAUAUGUUGCUUCAGGAGAUGAUUCCGGUAGAGUUAUCGUUUGGUCUUGGAAUCAGGACGAUAAGUCUGGAGAAAUUGAGUACAACGUUAAGUCGGAACUACAUGUGCUCGCUGGUCCUGUCGCUGAUAUAUCCUGGGAUUUUGAGGGUAAAAGAUUGGCUGUUGUUGGUGAAGGUCGUGAUAGGUUUGGUGCGUUUGUCUCUUGGGACUCGGGCAACUCGUUAGGUGAAGUCUCGGGUCACUCUCAAAGAGUCAAUGCAGUUCAUUUCAAGCAAAGCAGACCAAUGAGAGCUUUCAGUGUCAGUGAUGAUGGUUCUGUUGUGUUUUACCAGGGUCCACCUUUCAAGUUUGCAAGCAGUGAUAGAACGCAUCACGGCCAAGGUAAAUUCGUUAGAGACGUCAAGUUCUCUCCAGGUGCAGGGAAAUAUGCUGUGUCUGUCGGUAGCGAUCGUAAGAUAUGUUGCUUUGAUGGUAAGACUGGUGAAUUUAUCAAAUACAUUGAGUCUGAAAAGGCUCCAAUUGGCGGUGGUUUGUUUGCUGUCGCAUGGUUAGACGAUGGUGAAGAGUCUUCUAGAGUUGUUACCGUGGGUGCUGAUUGCACUGCAAGGUUGUGGGAUGUGUCGUUGGAUGAUCCAUUCCAACAGUCUUGGAAAUUAGGUGCAGAUGUUUCGAAUCAAAUUGUCGGUGUUGUUGUCACUAAGGAUAACUCCAUCGUAACAUUGACGCUUGAUGGGACCUUGAGCAUUUUGUCUCUAAAUGAUCAUACCAUCAAAUUCAUUCAUGGUCACAACAAGGGGAUUACUUCUUUGGCGGUAAACCCAUUAGUGUCUGGGUCAUACGAUGGUAGAGUUGUUACCUGGAAUUCAGAAGGUGACGAAGUCAAUGCUAUUAGCCAUGAUAUUCAUGGUAAUCUCGUAUUGGCCAUCGAUAACUCUGAUAACGAGGUAUCGAGUGUUUCUUGGGACGAAACGUUGAAGAAUUUCAUCGAUGGUGAAAAAGCGCUUGCUGAAACGAAGUACCAAUUCUCAGAGCAACCUAAAUGUGCGGUUUUCUCUCAUAACACUUUGGCUGUUGCUACAAACACUAACGAAUUGUUGAUCAUCGAUAACAAGAGUGGGCUAUUAUCGAAAUCGAUAACUCUAGAUAAACCUGUCGGGGCCCUCGCAUUGGGAACUACUUUCGUGGCAGUGGCAUACGAACAAACCAACUCCGUGCAGCUAUUCAAAAUUUCUGACCUAUCAGAUGCAUUCACGUUGGCCACUCCAUUACGUGCCACUCCAUCUGCUCUUUCCUUCUCUCCAUCACAAAAGUACUUGGCUGCCGGUGACGUGUCCGGUAAGAUUAUCCUAUAUGAUCUUGACACGAAGGACGUCAAGACCUCGAGAUGGUCAUUCCACACAAGCAGAAUUACAUCCAUUGACUGGAGACCUUCUGCAAAUGAUGAUGAUUUGGAGGAAGAUUAUGUUGUCACUGGCUCUCUGGACACCAACAUCUUCAUCUACUCUGUUAACAAACCUAUGAAAGUGAUAAAAAGAUUAAACGCACAAAAGGACGGUGUGUCCAGUGUACUAUGGGAAAACGAUUCCACUAUCGUCAGCGCCGGUGUGGACGCCUGUAUCAAGAGGUGGACCGUCGAGUUUUGA